AUGGAAGAAAAAAUACUGAAGACUCAGAAAAAUGAAUUUAGCAUAAUCAUAAAUUCUAUUUAUGUAGUGUCUAUGGUGGUCUUUACAGUGCUCUGGUCUUUUGGUAUAGAAAAAAAAGGACGUGUUCUGGUUAUUGCUGUAGAAGCAUUGGCACAGCUUUCGUUUACAAUGUCUGUGGCAGCGUAUUGGAUAGUAAGAAUAUGGAAAAAAAACCUUAGAGAGUCUGAAGGAAAGUCUCGUCUUCUUUAUUGGGGCGUCCUCUUCUUCUGUUCAGUUUAUCUCUUUCUAUUAAUUCCCAUGUUCAUAUUUCUAACUACUACCGAAAAAGGAGGAAAGGGCUUCGGGAAGUUUUUGGGAGAGGAAAGUCCGUCCGUGGCCUUGGUUUAUGUAAUAUUUAAUUCCCUACAGCUUCUGCCUAGGUCAUCUUUCGUAAGCUGUGAAGUUGAAGCAUUGGUCCACGUAACUAUUCAAGUCGUCCUAGUUGUUUCUAUGAUUGUAGCAUACGUUCAAGAUAGAGAGGAUAUAAUGCCUUAUACUUGCAUGGUUUGUGGGAUUGGCUUGGGAGGCUUUCUGCUUUUAAAGGAGCUGUUUUUACAGCACCUGCGGCAUAACUCAGAGAAAUAUAAGAGUGCGUACAGCCGAUUGCAGUUUGUAACUGCUCUAAUUGCAAUAUCCGCUCUUUAUGGAUUUAAAGUUAGAUUUCCAGGACAUCAUCAACUACUUUCAAUUCCGUGA